AUGUCCAGAAGUUUGGCGAAAAAACCCAAACUGGAUGAUUCGAAGAACAACGUGUUCAUCGUUGAGAAGGUACUGGACAAAAGACCCGGAAAAGCUGGGAGAGAAGAGUUUCUCAUCCAAUGGCAGGGCUUUUCUGAAGACGACUCCAGCUGGGAGCCGAGGGAGAACCUGCACUGCAUAGAGUUGCUGGAAGAAUUCGAAAAGGAAUACGCUAAGCGCGAUCGACCGAUUCGUAGAAGACAAAAGUCUCCGGAACAAGAUGUGGUUGCAGGCCCAGCCGAAGAAGAGCCAUCAUCAAGCGACAAGUUCUCGUUGAAUGGGAAACAGCUCAAAUGCAUUGUUGGCCUCACCAGAUCUCCGGGAGAGCUUCACUUCUUGUGCAAAUUCAAUGAUGAUACUGCUCGUCUUCUGCCGGCAAAGGAAAUAAACAACCGAUAUCGGCCGUUCGUCGAUGAGUAUGGAAUCUUCUUAAGAAGACAAAUGGAUAAGCGUCAAAAACGUCUAGAAGAAGGAAAAAAGAAGAGUAUCGAUGCAGAUGACGAUGAUGAUGAGUGGCCUGAUAUUCCUCCAGGCUAUAAUGUUCUUAAUGUGGAAGAUCAAGACCGACACCUGGGGAAAGAAACGAGGUUUUCGCAGGAUAAGGAUAUUUCUGAAACACCCACUGCAUCAGAUAUUCUUCGUGAUAUACAUAUAGAAGCGAACGAAAGUAUGCUAUCGAGUUUCCCACAUGAUUCUACAGAAGAAACGCUCGACAGUGUCGAAACCAACGACUCUGUCUUAGCAGUUUUCGAUGACAGUUCCAACAGUCCCCCACCUUGCCCCAUUGUAAUCGACACCGUACCAGACGACGAUGAACUACUUUUCCCCGGACUUCCAUAA